CAGUCCAACCUUCCAGUGAAGAGAGGCGAGCAGCUGUUUCCUCGAAGACCCGAGAGCUUUAUUUCUACAGCGGCCGGAGAAGACAUGGCCACAACCGGAAGCGCGCACCUGGGGGCGGUGGACCUGCACUGUGAGCCCAACAACACGGAGCAUCACACGGAGGAAAUUGGCACGGAAAGGCUGAUCGUCCGAAGAGGGCAAGCGUUUCGCCUGUCCGUGGAGUUCAAACGCCCAGCGUUCGUGGAGGACAAAGACCAGCUCAAACUCUUCCUGGAUACAGGACCCUCGUCGUCCGAAGCCGGAAGAAUUCGCAUAGAAGCCGUCAAGUCGACGGCCAAGCGGGGCAAGUGGACGUACAAUGUGGAACCCGCCCGGGGCAUCCUUCACCUGACGGUGUGCAGCCCGGCUAAUGCCUGCAUCGGCCUCUACAAAAUGCAGCUGCUCUUCUACCCGAGUGGAGGGGAAGGUUUGCAACAGGUUGUUGCAGGGACCUUCUAUCUUCUCUUCAACCCCUGGUGUAAAGAGGAUUCUGUGUACCUGGCAGAUAAGGAUCUCCGGGAGGAGUACGUCCUGAACGAGAAUGGAAUCGUCUACCGUUCCUUCUGUCUCCCAUUGUUAUGGAACUUUGGACAGUUUGAAAAAGAUGUCAUCGAUAUUUGCUUUGAGAUUUUGGAUAAUAGUCUGUCUGCUCUGAAAGAGCCUUCGUCUGAUGCUUUGAAGAGAUGCGACCCUAGCUACAUCAGCAGAAUUCUGACUGCUAUGGUGAAUUCAAAUGAUGACAAGGGUGUACUUUCGGGAAGGUGGGAUGGUGAAUACGAUGAUGGGACUCCCCCCACCAAAUGGAAUGGGAGUCUCCCGAUUUUACGCAAGUGGAGCAGUACUGGGGCUGAGAGAGUCCGAUAUGGGCAGUGCUGGGUCUUUGCAGCUGUAGCUUGUACAGUUUUGAGAUGUUUAGGAAUCCCAACUCGUUGUGUUACCAACUAUUCCUCUGCUCAUGACUGUGAUGGCAAUCUGAAAGUGGAUCAUUACUUUAAGAGUGACGAUUGUACACGUACGCUUCCAUCACGGAAGGACUCAGUAUGGAACUACCACUGUUGGGUAGAAUCAUGGAUGACCCGUCCUGACCUACCCUCUGGCUUCGACGGAUGGCAGGUGUUGGACCCUACUCCCCAAGAAAGGAGUGAUGGGAUAUUCUGCUGUGGUCCUUGCCCUGUCAAAGCAAUCAAAGAAGGGCACUUGGAUAUCAAUUAUGAUGCCGUGUUCAUCUUUGCCGAGGUCAAUGCAGAUGUGGUUUACUGGUUUGUUAACAAAGAUGGAACAAAGAGGGAGCUGUCAGUCAAACAAAACCAAGUGGGAACACAGAUUGUUACUAAAAGUGCAUUCUCAGACAAAAGAGAAUGUAUCACAUUGAAUUAUAAAUACCCAGAGGGUUCCAAAGAGGAACGGGAUAUCUACAACCAUGCAGGAAAGACAAUCCAACCCACCAACACACAGUAUCAAAGUUUAAAGGUCAAAAUCAAGCAAGUUUAUGCAGUGCUUGGAAGUGACUUCAGUGUCUACUUUGAAAUUGCUAAUUAUGGCUUUGUCGACAAAGACAUCCAUAUGGUUCUAUCUGCAACCGCUGUAACCUAUUCUGGGGCCAUUUUAAAAGAAUUCUGCAAGAGGUCAACUAAAUUUAUGUUAAAAGCGGCCUCAGAAAAAAAAGAAGUUCUGAGGCUGCGAUAUGAAGAUUACGGUGAUCAUCUCUCUGAGCACAAUUUAAUUCGAUUGACGGCCAUGCUUCUUACUGAGGAUAUGUCUGAAGUAAGCCUUAAGGAGAAGGAAGUAGUACUUAAAGUGCCUCAGCUUGCUGUGAAGGUUGAUGGUGAACCAAUCCUCCAUAAAAAGUUGGCUGUUCAAAUAAAAUUUGUAAAUCCUCUUCCGAUCCCAUUGACUAGAGGUGUCUUCAGUGUGGAGGGCAGUGGACUCACAGAUCUACAGCAAAUUGAAUCGCCAAAAGCGACCAUCAAUGUUGGAGAAGAGGUUGUGGUGACUGUAACAAUUACACCAACCAAAACUGGUUUGCGGAAGCUCAUUGUGGAUUUUGACAGCAACAGACUCCGUAAUGCUAAAGGUUUUGCCAACAUUAUUGUCAGCCGAGCUUAGCAAACAGGCUCUGGCAAUUUGACUGGUAUUUCAAAUUAAAUGCAGAGUCAGCUCGGAAUCUCGACCUGGUGCAAUAGAACAUUUGUUUGAUGGAUUUAAAUGCUAAUUGAAGGUAUAUUUUGUACAGAAAUUAUGUUUUUAUAGAAACAAAGAGCUGCAGAUGCAUGUUUAUACCAAAGAUAGACACAGUGCUGGAUGAACUCAGCAGGUCAAGCAGCAUCUCUGAAGAAAAAGGAUGGGUGAAGUUUCGGGUCGAGAGUCCCGGAAGGGUCCUGACCCUAAACAUCACCCAUCCUUUCUCUCUUAGAGAUGCUGCCUGACCUGCUGAGUUACUCCAGCACUUUAUGUCUAAGUUUUUAUAGAGUUUGCCUUACUUUAUUAAGACACCAACAGUCAGCAUGCUUCAUGAAAUUACAUUUGCUCCAAAUUCACAAAAUAUUACACCGGGCCCUUUAUGCUCAACUUGAGAAUUCUCCUGACUUUCCAAAUCUAUCAGUGUAGCCCUCAUUACCUUUCCUUCUCAUAGACCUGCCCAGCCUCCCCUUAACUCAUUUGAUACAACACUCCCUGUGAGAGCAGGUUGCAGAUUGUCACCACUCACUAGGUAAAGAGUGCUUCUUCUGACUCUCUCACUGAAUUCCAUUUUGUUCCACUCUUUUCUGUGUGGGGGAAAAAAUUACUCUGCACCCAUUCCUUAAUAACCUCAUAAGAGGAAUAGAUUGGGUAGAUGCACAGCCUCUUGACAAAGUAGGGGAAUCGAGAACCAGAGGACGUAUGGUCAGGAAGACACGGAUAAUUGUAUUGGGGACUUAGAUUACAAUAAGGUUUAUGAAGGUGCGCAGUAUAGGCACAAUUUAUUUUAGAGAUACAGUGUGGAAACGGACCCUUGGCCCAUCGAGUCUGCAUCGACUAGCGAUCCCCUCACACUAGCACUAUCCUACAUUCACGAGGUGCAAUUUGAAACUUUUCCAAGCCAAUUAACCUACAAACCUGCACGUCUUUGGAGUGUGGGAGGAAACAUCUCCUUUCUCUUCUGUACAUCGCAACAUUAUAUAUCUUCCAUUGCAAAAGUGUGAGUCAGUCUGUUCCGUCAGACUGACCCCCAAAAAAAUAAACCAAUGCAUGUUUGCGUGAGAACUAGGGACAUCGUGGGCAUGUUUCCACACUGUAUCACUCGAUGACUCUAUAAUGCUGCAAUCAAGCUCAUCCACCAUAAGAGCUGACGCCUCAGUAUAAUCUGAGCCUAUCGUGUUUCUGCUUGGCUCAGAUCAUACCUUUCUGAUUCCGUAACGGACAUGAUAUCUCAAAGCUCACUGUCACGCUAAAAGCUAGUUAAAUGGAAUAUGCAUUUCAUUGGUAUGUUUUCCCAAUAGAAUGUACAAAAUUAAAUAUGCAAGCUUGAAACAGAACUUUCUUGGUAUUCUUUUUCAAUAAAGUAGCCAGUUUAAUAGUGUGGGUAUUGCAUGAGGUAUCUGCUUUAGAAUGUAAUAGAAUUUGAAGUUAAACAAUAAAGGCUUUGUGAAAAUGACAAUGAACUAGAUUAUUUGUUGUGCUUAAAUUAUUCAAUGUUUGUGUUAUUUGCUUCAUUGUUAAACAUGUAGCAGCUGUUAGGGGAUUAAUCAUUUUAAAGAAUUUGGUAUCAAUUGGUUAAUUAAUUAGAUCGUUUGCAGAUGCUUAUAUAGUUCUCGGACCUUUUCCCUGCUGGACGCCUGAAAGGAAAACAAACUUGUUUAUCAUGGAGUUUUGAUGGUCUGGCUUUUGUUCAGCAACCCUGUUCCAGAUUUGUGAUCAGGUCUGGAUUUGAAUUAUUUCAUUCAAAGAUAAACCAGUGUUAGU